GACUCAGAUAAGGUUGCUUGGCAGUUUGCUUGUAGGUCUAGCAUUGGCAUGGUUUGCCCACUCCUUGAAAAAGAAUCACCAUUGUUGAAAGAUUUUGAUGGUUUUGUUGGGGAGUUUGAAACUACCUUCAGGAACUUGGACAAGGUCAGAACAACAGCUACUAGAAUCAGAAAACUUACCCAGGGAUCCAAAUCAGCCUCAAGCUACGCUUCAGAGUUUCGUCAAAUUUCUAGUAACCUGGAUUGGGACGAAGUGGCAUUAAUCGAUCAAUUUCGAAUUGGGUUUAAAAAUGAUAUAAAAGACCUAUUACUUACUAUGAAAGAUCCUACAUCGUUGAACGAUGCAAUAUCUAAGGCAGUACGCUGUGAUAACAGAUUGUUUGAGCGAUGUCGUGAACGACAGCCAAUGCAAAUCGAUUCAACAAGGGCAAGGACUCUUUCAGAAGAAGAAAAGCAGAGACAACAGGCCAAUAAUCUCUGCCUAUACUGUGGCGAACCUGGGCAUAUAGCUAAGAGUUGCCCAAGGAAAAAUAAUGCCAAGCAUAGAAUCGAUGCUGUGAAAACAAAUUUGGAGAACUUGAGAAAAGAGGAGCCCAACUGCAUAUCCAUACAACUUUCGAACAAAUCUAUGUUGCCCGUCAAUGCAUUAAUAGACUCCGGAGCUUCAGCUUGUUUCCUUGAUUAUAUGUUGGCACACAAAUACAACUUACCUAUCAAUACUAAAAGCACACCGCUGUCAGUAGAAGUAAUAGAUGGACAAGAAAUAUCAUCUGAAGCAGUUAUACAUAAGACUGGGCCAUUGCUGCUGUGUUAUCAGAACUAUUAUAAAGAAAUUAUAUUUAACCUGAUUCAAACACCGCACCAUUAA